GUACUCCUUAAAGUUUAGAAAUUGUUUCUCACUUUUUAAAACAUGUUCCGUUUAGUUGUGCUGUUUGCGAUAGCGCUGGCCUGUAUCGUCGACACAAGCGACACAGGCGACAAAAGUGACACAAGCGACACAAGCGACACAAGCGACACAAGCGACACAAGCGACACAAGCGACACAAGCGACACAAGCGACACAAGCGACAUAAGCGACAGUAGUGGUAAUAGUGGUAAUAGUGGUAAUAGUGGGUACCGUAAUGUUGCACCAGGAGGAUACGCACAAGCGAGCUCCUCUAAAAGUGGGAGUAGAGCUGAUCUAGCUAUAGAUGGGAACAUUAGUGGGAAGCUGAGUGACGGGAGUUGUGCGCUGACGGCUUCAGAGGAGGAGAACUGGUGGAGCGUCAAGCUGAGACAUUCCUUUUUAAACCUGGCUGUACCAGUAGACCACGUUCUCAUCUACAAUAGGCUGGAUAACAGGCAGAAGAGAAUCCACGAUGUUCAGGUGUUUGUAAAGACAGUUAAUAAAGACUCUCCAAUUUUGUGUGGUACUAUUAACUAUGUUAAAGAUCAGUCAGUUUACAAAAUAAACUGUAAUCAAACCUAUGGAAACGAGGUAUUGAUAAAGCAAAAGAAGGAAAUGUUAUCACUGUGUGAAGUACAGGUGAUGGUAUCAGAACAACACUCUCACUUCCCCUACGUAAAUAUAGCACUCAACAGUACAGCAACCCAAUCGUCUGACUACCAGGACAGGUUCAACGCCUCUAGAGCAGUAGACGGGAAGAGGACAGGUGCUCUGAAUAAAGGCAGCUGUAGUAUGACCAAGUCUCAGACUUUGAACACGUGGACACUGUGGCUACCAGGGGGUAGGCUUGGAGUAAAGUACGGGGUCAAGAGUGUGGUGAUAUUCAACAGGAAGGAUUGUUGUGGGGAACGGUUGCACGGAGCGGAGGUGUGGCUGGAGGAUGAGUUAUGUGGUCGGAUAGCUCAUGUGGAAGGUGAAAUACUGUACAACAUACCGUGUAACUCUACAGGGGGUAGGAUAACUAUCAGACAGGAGAAAAUAGCUCUGACACUGUGUGAGGUUGAGGUGUUUGUGCAGGAACAGGACUCCACUUCAGAACCUCUGAUAAACGUGGCCCCAGCAGGACGAGCUUACCAAACAUCCACAAGUUUAGGGGGCGAGGCUAGCAGAGCUAUAGACGGGUUAACCUUUACCCACUGGAAGGGAGACUCGUGUACACUGACACAGCCUGGUAACAAGAUCCAGUGGAGAGUGGAUCUGGAGGGAUGGGAGGUGGGGGUCAAGUACCCGGUGGAGAGAGUGGUGGUGUACAACAGAGCUGAUAGUAAACAGGAGAGGAUCAACAACACUGCAGUGUGGGUCGGAGACUUCCAGUGUGGGACGAUAACUUACAAGGAGGGAGAGAACAUUUACUUUGUAGAGUGUGGAGGGAGGAGAGGGAGCACAGUCUCACUAACUCUGGACCAGGGUGUGAUGAGUGUGUGUGAAGUUCAGGUUGUGGUGAAGUCCAGGAACAUUCCUCACAUUCCUACCUACACUAACGUGGCACUGGGACGAGAAGCUAGCCAGGGACACAACAGUGCAAAGAACGCAGGGAGAGCUGUAGACGGUAACACAAGUGGGAAGAUUCGGAGUAACUCCUGCACAUGGUCGGAGACCAGUAACUCGGGUGACAGUAACUCGGGUGACAGUAACUCUGGUGACGGUAACUCUGGUGACGGCACUUGGUGGAGAGUGAAGCUUGAUCAGGGCACUGUUGUUAGGUCUGUAGUUAUCGUCAAUAGAAUGGAUGCUUUCUCUCAGCGCAUUAAUGGCGUUCAGGUAUGGGUAGGAGAUGAGAAGUGCGGAGAAGUGAGUACGAUGAAAUGAGGAAGAUGUACAGAGUACUGUGUGACGGUAAAGAAGGAAGAGAGGUGACAGUGAAGAAGGUGGGUGAAGGAGUCCUCACUUUGUGCGAAGUAAUAGUGUUGGAGGUACAGGAGGAGGGGACUGAGGUUAUGGAUGAAGAGGACUAGAGGAAUUUAGUGUUAUUGUAAUGAACAGGAGAUAUUGUAAUAUUCAGAUUUGUUUUUGAAUAGUCUUGUUUUCUGAUUGGAUGGUUUUUGUGUCACGCGACGUGGUUGGAUUUUUUUCUGAUUAACUGUCGGUAUAAAUCUGUUGUAUGUCACUUUUUUUGAGGUCGUAUUUGCGCAAUAUUUAUAUUAUCAAUGAUAAUGCCAAGUCAUCGUACUUGGUUGCAAUUUACAUGUGAACGGUUUUAUGAUUGAUAUCUGGAUAAUAUCCGGUUGGAAGAGACAAGGACAAAUGAAACAAGAAAGUUAGGUGUAAGGGCAAAUUUUCGGCGCAACGCCAUCUUCAGGCUAAAAUUGGUAUAAAUGUUAGUAUAUGAAUAUGAUUAUAAAUGCUUCUAUACUACUACUAGUACUAGUUAAAAUGCUAAAUUAAAAUUACAUACACUGAAUACAGGUUACAUCAAAUGGUAUUAUAUAUUACAUUGAAAAUGGUGAUAAGGGUCGUGUGCUAUUUGUUUAAAUUUGUCUCUGAAUAUGUUGUAAAAGAAAUCCCUUAAG